GAGAAAUUCGAAAGUGGAUUUUGUGUGUUCCACAGAUGAAGUGAAGUGUUUCUCGGGGUUUCCUGGGAAUGAAGGGUGGAUAGGCAGGGAGACUUGAGCGACUUGGGGCGAAGGGACGAAAGACUCUGCUCGGCAGUAUAAAGAGUUGAAUAACCACUGAGUAUUUUCUGGACCUGACUGGUUUAUAACUUAAGAAGAAACAAUGGAAAGCCAAGAAUUUAUUGUCCUAUAUACUAAUCAAAAGAUGAAGAAGUCAAAAGUAUGGCAAGAUGGAAUCCUGAAGAUCACUCACUUAGGAAACAAAGCAAUUUUAUAUGAUGACAAAGGAACAUGUUUGGAGAGUAUAUUUCUUAAGUGCCUUGAGGUGAAACCUGGAGAUAACUUAGAAGGUGAUCGAUACUUAAUCACAGUCGAGGAGGUUAAAGUUGCUGGCAGCAUAGCUAUUAAACAGGAUGUCAUUAAAGAACCAUCAGAAUUAAAUUCAAAGAGGUUUAUAUCCUCUGGCCGGUCUCUUGGAUGUCAGCCCUCUGGUUUAAAAAGGAAGUUUACCGGUUUUCAAGGACCACGUCAGGUUCCAAAGAAAACAGUUAUUACAGAAAAUGGUGAAUCACCUACAUCACCUGAGGCUAAGAAACCUGGCCCUACUUUUUUUUCUCCAUUCUAUAGCACACCUCCUUUGUUUUCUACUGUUGGCAAGAAAAAUACAAAUACUAUGUCAACAGACCCUGAGAACAUUGAGAUUUACAAGAACAGAGAGAGAAAUGGCAUGACUUUUUCUUCAGUUGUCUCUGAUCCAUCCUUCAAGAUUAACCCAGAAAUGCUAUGUGAAGAAAAUUAUAUUUGCUCUGCUAUCAGUUCUGGAAGCAAGCAUUCAGACUCUUUAUUGACCAAUGAGCCUAAGAAAAGAGAUAAUUUGUCAUCUCACUGUUUAGGAGUUUCCCAAAACAUCAGAAGCAAAGCACGGAUAUUAGCUCUUCUGAAGUCCAAAUCAAUUAGUACAUGUGAGAAACUAAAUUCUGAGAUUACAGAACACUUUCCUCCAAAACAAGCACAAGAAACUUUAAAAAUUGCUAUUAAACCUAUUCAACAGGAAUUAAUUCAACAGGAAGAAUGGGCUGAGAUGAAGAGCACAGGGAAUUUACACUACCAGCAUACAUCAGAAAAUACCAUGAGAAAUAAAAGCCGGUGGGCCAUGUAUUUAUCCUCACAGAGUUCACCUAUACAUUCUUCUGCUGCAGGUGGAAAUGAUAUGGAAGGGAAACCCAAGGCUCAGGAAGAUGAUAUAAAUUUGAAUUUGAAAGCACUUUUGGUGCAAAAAAGGACGCAGUUCUUUGAAACAUGUACUGAAAAGGGGAAAAAAUAUAAUGCAGAUAAGCCAGAAGAUAAUAAUGAUCAAUCCUGGAAUCAGGAAGUAAAAUUAGAAAUUCCUUCAUUCUGUGAAAGUGGCAGCUUACAGGUUAUCAGUAGCAGUCCAGAAAAUGAUGGUGUAUUAUCAGAAUCUGACAUUCAAGAAAGUAUUAAAAUACCUUUUAAUCAAAUUGACACAAAAGGAUCAAGUCUCAUUGGAGAAAAUGUUCAGGAGGCAAAUACACAUGAAACAUCAGAAAAAGAGUGUAAACAACUGGUGUCAUCUCUGCCAGAAUCAGAACAUCUACAAAUUGAAUCUUUGCUAAGUAGCAAUUCUAGGAUUUCUGAUGACAUUACAGACGUGUUUACUAAAAGGAAUACUGAUAAUGAAAAUCUCAAUAGUAUUCAUGAAUCUCUAAGUAAUGAAACACAACCAUUUUUGGAGGUAACUUUUAAUCUGGGCAAUUUUGAGACGAGUGACACAGAGGAGGAAUCACAAGAAAACAAUAAAAUUUCCCAGAACUCAGACAAUUUGAUAAAGGGAAUUUUGGUUAACGAUGGCAAUUCAUGCGUUCAAAAGAGAUGUGAGAAUAUAAGCUGUCAAGAAAUUGGCAGUGAACAUUUGCCACUCUUAACGUCUGUUGGUGGCAAACCUACAGAGACAUUUCCUAUUAAAGAGUCUUUGCCAUUGUUUUGUGAUAAAACUUGUGAAGGUUUUCAUAUAGAACCUAUUAAAGCUGGGGACACUGGAAAAGACAUAGAGGAGUACAGUGACACAUUAAGCAAUUUUGAUUCAUCUUUAGAUUGGACAGAUGAUGUAUACAUAAAUAAUAAAGAAGAUUCUAAUAAAUCUAUCCAAAAAGUCAGAAUUAACCAUGAUUUUGCCUUACUCCCAAAUAAACCUAAAGAUAUAAGCACAAAUUUACAUAUUCCUCAUUUUUUAAACAUAGCCAGUGAUCAGACUCCUGAAAACAAUAAUCCAGUUUCAGAAGAUGCUCUAUCUCAGCCUUCUAUCGUGGGAAGUGACUUAGACAAAAAUGAUGAACAGAUUUUACCAUCAACCUCUAGCAGUGACAACAGUAUCCAACUAUUAAAUACCAAUCAGAAUGACUCUGAAUGUAUUACCCUUAAUAAAUCAAAUAUGCAAAUUUCCAGUUCUUUGUUUUACCCACUGGGAAAAAAGCAUCUUAUUUCCACCGAAGCACAUACACCUGAAUCUGAAGAUUUGGGAGGGAUUGGAAGUUUAUCCCAUGACCAUAUUGAAGUCAAAAUUGCCAGAGAAAGCAAACAAUGCUGGAAUGAUCCUAGAAAUUCUUCAGAACUUUCUGGAUUAGUAAAUAACAUUUCCCUUUUAAAGUCACUGUCUGAACACAGAACAGCUUUAGACAGCUUGGAAAUACUGAAAAAGGAAAAUAUUAUCUUUCGACAAGAAGGAACUCAACCGCUAUAUGAGCCAGAUAGCGGUUCUGAAGCUAGGAAACAAUUUACUACAGAAGUUUCACAAGCUAUACCAAAGUCUUCUUAUCCAAACCAGGAGUCUCAACAGAUGCUAAAAGAAAAUGAAGUUGAACCAAGUGAACCACCCAGGUCUUUGCAGUUCUUUUCCCUGGGAAGUGAAGAAGAGACUGCUUUUCUAGCUGAUAUUUCUAAACAAAUAGAGAGAAAAACCUGUGACCCUAAGCCUGUUGAGUUUCAAGGGCAUCAAGUGAAAGGAUCCGCCACUAGUGGUGUGAUGAUCAGAGGGCACAGUGCACAGCGAGGAUACAGUCAGCUUCCAGACAGUACUGAGUAUGAAAACUACAUGGCAGACACUUGUUUUUUGACACCAGAGUUGCCUAGCACAUGUAUGCAGAUUGACUUCUUGCAGUCGACAUCACCAGAACAAAAGAUCUCUGUGUUGAGCCCUGUUUCUACGUUUUCUUUGAACUCAAGAGAUGAAGAUUUCAUGCUAGAAUUAUCUGAGAAGUCCCUGAAAGCAAGAACCUUACCUGGUGAUCUUCACUUUCUCAACUUAGAGGGAAUGAAAAAAUCCAGUUCAUUGGAGAAUGAGAACUUUCAAAGGCUUUCAUUAGUAAGUGGAAGCCAGGUUCCACUUAUUACUUUGUCACCAACUCAUGGGCCACCUGACUUAGAUUCUUGUGCACAUGUGUUCAACUGUAAUACACAAGAGUCUUCUGUUUCCCCCAUGUUCAACUUGUGUGAAGAGUCCUCAGUUCCUUUUUUUAGCUUUGGGCCUGAGGACCAAAGUGAAACUUCUUUCUCUGAAGAAUCUAGGGAAGUGACUCGAGGGGAUGUGUCACUUCUCGAUAAUACAUCUACUCAAAGCAAGUGGCUGAAAUACCAAAACACAUCCCAGUGCAACUUGACUGCUCCAAACAGAGUUGAUAAGAAAGUAACUGAUGGCUUCUUUGCUGAGGCUGGUUCUGCAACCAGCCUUUUUAGCAACACAGGUGAAAGACAGAGUGAUGCUAUCCAUGAAAGCUCUUUAGACUCUGUGCCCUUGCAAAUGAUAAAAGGCAUGCUUUAUCAACAGCAGCAGGAUUUUAGCAGUCAAGAUUUGGUUUCCACAAAGAAAGCACUUUCUUUGAAUUUAAAGCAGACUUCUAAGAAUGAAGAAAUUCAAAAUGUGUUAGGAGGGUCUGCUUGCUACACCUACAGUAUAAAGGAUUUACAGGAGAUAAAUUGCUCUGAGCUGUGCUUCCCAAGCAGGGAAAAAAUAAAAUCUGCUUAUCUUCCCCAAAGGCAAAUUCACAUACCAGCUGUUUUUCAGUCUCCUGCUCAUUAUAAGCAGACUUUUACAUCUUGUCUCAUAGAACAUCUAAAUAUACUGCUAUUUGGAUUGGCACAAAGGUUGCACAAAGCUCUUUCAAAAGUUGACAUGUCAUUUUAUACAUCAUCGAAAGGAGAGAAACUGAAAAAUGUGGAAAAUAAUGUACCAUUCUGCCAUCAUAAUCAACCUGCAAAACUUGUCAUGGUUAAAAAGGAAGGUCCAAAUAAGGGUCGUCUCUUUUAUACAUGUGAUGGACCCAAAGCUGAUCAAUGUAAAUUUUUUAAAUGGCUUGAGGAAGCAACUCCAGGAUAUUUAACACAGGAAGAAUCUCUCCCUAGCAUGGUUUUAAGUGAUAUUAAGAGUAUUGGCUUGUACUUAAGAAGUCAAAAGAUACCACUCUAUGAGGAAUGCCAGCUUUUGGUGAGAAAAGGAUUUGAUUUUCAGACAAGACAGUAUGGCAAAUUAAAGAAGUUUACUACCGUUAAUCCUGAGUUUUAUAAUGAACCAAAAACCAAACUUUAUCUUAAGCUGAGUCGCAAGGAAAGUUCUUCAAGUUAUAGUAAAAAUGAUCUUUGGGUGGUUUCAAAAACCCUAGAUUUUGAACUGGAUACUUUUAUUGCAUGUAGUGCUUUCUUUGGACCAUCAUCUCUCAAUGAGGUGGAGCUACUGCCUUUGAAAGGCUAUUUCCCUUCUAACUGGCCUAUUAACAUAGUGGUCCAUGCAUUAUUGGUUUGUAAUGCUAGCACAGAGCUGACUACUUUGAAAAACAUUCAGGACUACUUUAAUCCAGCUACUCUACCUGUAGCACAGUACCUGUUAACAAUGUCUUCACCAAGUGUAUUUAGCAACAAAAGAGUCAGUCAGAGGAAAUUUAUUCCACCAGCCUUCACAAAUAUCACCCCAAAAUUUGAACUACUCAGCCUAGGGGCAACAUUGCAGUUAGCUAGUGAGUUAAUUCAGGAACAUAAGUUAAACAAGGAUCAAGCUACAGCUCUAAUUCAGAUAGCUCAAAUGAUGGCAUCCCAGGAAAGUGCUGAAGAAGUGAAAGAACUGCAAAUCCACACCCUCCCUAUCACAAUCAUACACGGUGUUUUUGGAGCAGGGAAGAGUUAUUUGCUGGCAGUGGUGAUUUUGUUCUUUGUACAGCUAUUUGAAAAGAAUGCAGCUCCCACUAUUGGAAAUGCAAGGCCAUGGAAACUUCUGAUUUCUUCUUCCACUAAUGUAGCUGUUGACAGAGUACUUCUUGGGCUUCUCAGUCUAGGAUUUGAAAAAUUUGUCAGAGUUGGGAGUAUUAGGAAGAUUGCCAAGCCAAUUUUACCGUACAGCUUACAUGCCGGCUCAGAGAAUGAAAAUGAACAACUAAAAGAACUGCAUGCACUAAUGAGAGAAGACCUGACUCCUGUGGAAAGAAUGUAUGUGAGAAAAAGUAUUGAGCAGCAUAAACUGGGAACCAACAGAACCCUGCUGAAGCAGGUUCGAGUAGUUGGAGUUACCUGUGCAGCCUGCCCGUUCUCAUGCAUGAAUGAUCUUAAAUUUCCUGUAGUUGUGUUGGAUGAGUGUAGUCAAAUAACCGAACCGGCCUCUCUCCUUCCCAUCGCAAGGUUUGAGUGUGAAAAGCUGAUUCUUGUUGGGGACCCCAAACAGCUGCCUCCUACUAUUCAGGGUUCUGAUGCAGCUCAUGAAAAUGGAUUGGAACAAACUCUCUUUGAUCGACUUUGCUUAAUGGGUCACAAGCCAAUUCUCUUGCGAACUCAAUACCGUUGUCACCCUGUAAUCAGUGCUAUCGCUAAUGAUCUGUUUUAUGACGGAAACCUCAUGAAUGGCAUUUCAGAAACAGAGAGAAGCCCUUUAUUGGAAUGGCUUCCAACCCUGUGUUUUUAUAAUGUUAAAGGACUAGAGCAGAUUGAAAGAGAUAACAGCUUUCAUAAUAUGGCAGAAGCUGCGUUUACACUCAAGCUGAUUCAAUCACUGAUUGCAAGUGGAAUAGCAGGCUCUAUGAUUGGGGUGAUAACAUUAUACAAAUCCCAGAUGUAUAAGCUUUGUCAUCUGCUCAGUGCCGUGGACUUUGACCAGCCUAAUAUGAAAACUGUGCAGGUGUCCACAGUAGAUGCUUUUCAGGGAGCUGAAAAGGAGAUCAUCAUUCUGUCCUGCGUAAGGACAAGACAAGUAGGAUUCAUUGAUUCAGAAAAAAGAAUGAAUGUCGCAUUGACCAGAGGAAAGAGGCAUUUGCUGAUUGUGGGAAAUUUAGCCUGUUUGAGGAAAAAUCGACUAUGGGGGCGUGUGAUCCAACACUGUGAAGGAAGGGAAGACGGAUUGCAACAUGCAAGCCAGUGUGAACCACAGCUGAGCCGUCUCCUUAAAGAUUAUUUUGAAAAACAAGCAGAAGAAAAACGGAAGAAAAAGAAUGAAAAAGAGAAAAUCUAAAGAUAAAUCUCAUUAACAAAAAGACAUGUUUUCCAGAAAUUUCAAGUUCUGCAACAAGGAUUUCUCAACUUCGGCACUCUUGACAGUUUGGACCAGAUAACUCUUUGUUAUGGGGGUGCUGUCCUGCGCCUUGGAGGAUGUUUAGCAGCAUCCCUGGCCUCUGCCCACUAGAUGCCAGCAGCACCUUAUUCCAAGUUGUGACAACUAAAAAUGUCUCCAGACUGCCAAAUGUCCUGGUGUAAAGGUGGACCCAGCAUUCCAGGUAUCUCAAAGCGGCAACUCCACUCAGAAGUAAGACUGCCUGUAUUUUUUUUGUUUGGUAUAAAUCCUGCAUUUUUGAUCCAGGCAACAGUUAAUAACGGAGAGCAAAGGUUCUUUUUAUUUUUAGGUGGGCAGGCCUCCUCUGUUUCUAAUGGCAUUGUACAGCUUGUCCACCAUUAUGUUUUCAGUCUAAUUCCAAUAUCCUGGCAGUUUAUAACUAUCAUGACUUUUUUUCUUUUUCUAAUUUAUAGGAUAUCAUAAUUAAUGGAAAGCUAAAACCCAAUGAAUAGGAAAUAACACUGGUCUUGCAGAAUUGUUUCUGGGCCAGCCCAUUCUUCCUAGCCCACCUGCGUUCACUAUGUUAAGCACUCUUUUACGCCAGGCAGUUUAGCAAAGAAAAAGGAAUAGUGGUGUGGAGGAUAAAAGGGAAAAUGUGGAAAUGGCUUAGUCUCUUUCUUUGCUUCUCUCAUCCCUUAGCCUAGGAUGGAAAUUCCCACUUCAGGUUUUCUUUCCCUCCAGGUGGACCCACGCAAAACAGUGGAUAUGGUAUUAGUGGUUUUGUCUCUAGUUUUAAUCUUUCUCAUCCUGGGCUGGGUCACAGAGUGUCAUGCCAGGUACAAUGUCAGCUGCAACAGGCCUGGUUUAUAUCUAGGGGUCAGAUCUUACACGGUGCUCCUGCCCUGGCCCCUGUCCAUCAGAGCACAAUCAGUCUUCACGCUCAUCUACUUUAUCUUUCUUCAAGAGAUUAAUAAAUGAGAACAUUCUUCUGAUUAGGCGGUGUUGACCAUUGUAGAGUUGUGUUUGGUUUAUCAUUUAUUUUGAGCAAAAACAUAUUAUCUGACCCCUGAAUAUUAAUAUAGACUUUAUAUUUUAAGAAGAAAAAGACCAUAUUUGAAAUAAAGAAAUUCCUCAAACCCAGGCUAACAUAUUCUUUAUCUUUUUCAUCUCAAAUUCCAAGGUUGGAUAGACAUAAAUUGAACUUUAAGUAGUAUCCCAUUCAAUAAAUAAUCAAAAUAUUAAUAUUUCUCAUGAUUAUAUAAUAUACUCAAAGUAAUAAGCCAGUUUUAUAAGUACAGUCAUCUAUAGAUAAUAAUCUUAAAACAAUGUCUCCCAACUUGUGUUCAAUAAAUGAUAGGAUUGUAUGAUGAUGUUCUCAAGGUUUUUAUUCAUAGAAUGAGUCUAUUAGUUUAUGCAGCACAUAUUAAAAUAGAAUGAAAUUUCUAGUCUUUAAUCCACUCAUCAUUUAUAUAGUUUGUGUAUUGGGUUUUUUUUCCAAAAUUCUUUCAUAAACAUCACAUUGACCCAGUGGGGGAACAGGUAUUUUCCCCAUCCUAUAAACAAUUAAGCCAAAGAUCAGAGAAAGUGAAGUGAUCACCUAAUCUACCAUAACUAGUAUGAGGCAAGGCUGGAACCCAGGUUGACCCAACUCAGAGACUAGGCUGUACCUCUUCGUCUGCACAGUAAGUCACUUUAUCUGCACAGUAUCUUUCAGUAAAAGACACUGAAACCAAAAAUCUUACCAUCCUCUUUUAUUCAGCCAGACUUAUGUCCAGAUCAUUACCUCGGUCAAUUUAGUAUGUGACAAUUUAUUAACAGCUUAUUUGUUGAACAAUAAAUUAUUAUUGGGACCACAU